CCGUUCAGGAGUUAUAACGUUGUGAAUUUUUUUUAAAUACUGCCAAGAUUUUAACAAAAUUUCAAACCGUUAUAACUCCUGAAUGGAUGCUUAUUUUUCGAUGAAAUUUGAAAUCUGUCGAUGAAAUUUGAUGUAGCUUACUAUGAAAUUCAAAAAGUCGGAAUACCAAAAAAGGUUAAAAACAUUUGUCCAUUUGGGCAAGCAAAAAAAUUAUUUUUUUUUCGCAAACUACAAUCACAAACUUUUGACCACGAAACCUCAUUACUUAGCUCCAAUAUGACCCCCAUAAGUUCCAUCUAGGUCUCAUGCGCUAACGCUGAGAUCUAACAUACCCAGAAAUUCUGGAUAAACCACUGAUACAAAGACAAUUAAUGCAAAGAGUGUACUAUAUACAUUAUCUAGACGAACCAAUAGGAAAUAAGCGCCAUAUAAAUUGUCGCCGACAAUUGAUCGCUAAUAUCUACUUCUUCUUAUGAACGUCAGUGACAAUAUUUAAAUGAUGUGUUGAACACAUGUCAGGAUAUUUUUGAAUUUUUUGAGAAGAAUCUUCAAUUUUUUGAAAAAUAUAGGAAUAUAGGAAAAAAGCUCAAAAUAUAGUCUAAUAUAGGAAAAAAUUUUAAAAUAUAGGAAAUAUAGGAUAUAUAGGACUGUUGCGAAGCCAGAUCAAGUCUCAUUUAUGUUAUUUUGGUUCUAGUAAACUCAAUCAUUGGGUUUUUAGCGUGCUAUGCAAUUGGAAAUACAAAUCGAAUGAAUACAGAAAUAAACAAAACUAUGGUUAAUAUGAAGAAAUUAAAUGGUGAUAAAAUAAAUAUAUAUUUUUAUAUUUAAAGUAAUUGCUCACAACUAUUAAAAUUGUAUCCAGAAUUCGAAGAUUUUCCUAAACUCGAAUUAUGUAAAAGUCAGGAAAAUUCAAUUAUUCUAGGAAAAGUCGCUAUUUUAUUAUCUGUAAUAUAUGAUUCAUUUCUUCCUUACGCUCUGUAUGGACCACCACUUUUGCCGGUGAUUUUGAUGAUCAUUACAUCUUUAUUGUUAUUCGGCACAAACUUUUUGAAUGACCAAGGAACCAUUAUCGUCAUCGAAUCAACAUCCAUUAUAGCUGGUUAUCUAAUGAUAGUUGGACAAUGUGUAUUUGCUCGUUAUGGCGAUAAACUAAAAUAUCAAUAUAGGAAAUUUAUAGGAUGUUUACGACGUUAUUGCAGAACUCGUCAUCACAUUUAUGAUAAUUUGAACGUUUAG